AUGGAUGAUGGGUUGGUGGCUAUAACCUCUGAUAAAACUAUGUUAGAUAUGUUUGCAAUGCACAAGGACAACAACUCAAAUGUGAUUGAUGUAUAUGUCCAUAACCCUAUGAUGGAGCACAAGAAACCUAGUGAUGAAGAGGAAUCUAGUUUGACUAAGGCUGACCAUAGUGGACAAAUUGAUGACCUGAUUGACCUUGAUGACUUAGUUGCCCCUGAUGACAUAGCUGAACUUGAUCAAGGCAUAAUACCAACUGGUCCAGUUGAUGAAGAUGAUGAGUCUGAUAAAGUGUGGGACAGGGGUGAUGACAAUGGUGAUGAAAGUGGAGAUAACAGUGAUGAUGACAGUUUUAGUGGCUUUAUUGACUCAGAUGAGGAUGACCUGGAAGAUGAUGAAGAGGUUGAACAAGGAGUUGGAGUGGUGGUUAUUAAUGAACCAGCCAUUGAGAUUAUGAAUGAGGAAGGAGAACUUAGUGAUAAAAGUGAUGACGUAAGAUGUUUAUCAAACGAUGAGGAGGAGGAGGAAGGUGGGCACAAAAGAAAGAAGAAAUUCAUUGAGUUUGAUGAGGCUAAGGAUAUAAAGAACCCCAAGCUAGUGGAGGUUAUGGUUUUCCCUAAUGUGACUGCAUUCAGAGGUCUCCUCAAAGAGUUCCACAUUAGGGAAGGGUGUGAAUACACAUAUUUAAAGAAUGAAUCUAGUAGGGUCACUGUUAUUUGCCAAGAAAAGUGUGGUUUUAGGUUACAUGCAUCCCCAGUGCAUGGUGAGAAAUCAUUCCAGAUUAAGAGAUUGAGUGCUAACCAUUGCUGUACCAGAAAAUACAUCAAGUAUGCAACAUCUAAGUGGAUAGCCAAAAAAUACAUGGAGGGGCUCACUGAUGAACCAAACAAAAAGGUCAAGACACUUAAAAACGAUGUUAGGAGGAAAUGGAUGCUAGAUGUCUCAAGCAAGAAGGCUUAUAAAGUCAAGAAAGCUGCUCUAAAUGUAAUCCAUGGGAAUCAUGAGGAACAAUACUUGAGAUUAAGAGACUACUGUAUGAUUUUGGUUAAGCAAAACCCAGGGUCAACUGCCCUUUUGAAGGUGGACAGGCUUGUGCAUGAGCAAGCUGUGGUGUUCCAAAGAUUAUUUAUCUGCUUUGAUGCUCAAGCUAAGGGGUUCCUUGCUAGCUGCAGACCUUUCAUAGGUUUAGAUGCAUGCUUCCUCAAAGGCCCUUAUGGUGGACAACUUAUGCAUGCAACAACUAGAGAUGGCAACAACCAAAUGUACCCUCUGUGCAUGGCCAUUGUGGAAGCUGAAUUGAAAGAUAGCUGGGUUUGGUUUUUAGAGAAUCUGUUGGCAAUCAUAGGAAGACCUGAGGAGAGGGGAUGGUGUUUCAUGUCUGAUAGGCAAAAGGGUUUGAUUGAAGCAUUCAAGCAACUCAUGCCUAAUGUGGAGCACAGAUUUUGUCUAAGGCAUAUGUAUGCCAAUUUCAACAAAACCUACAAAGGAAAAGAAUACAAAGCUAUGUUUUGGGGAGCAGCCUCUGCCUACACAAUUCCAGAGUUUAAUGAAAAAAUGGCAGAGAUAAAGAAUGUCGACAAAAAGGCACAUGAAUGGCUACUGAAUGAGGUUCCAGAGGUUUGGGCUAGAGCUUACAACAACCCUAGGUCCAUGGUUAACAGGAUGGAUAACAACAUGAGUGAGGGGUUCAAUACAUGGAUAUCUGAAGCAAGGGAUAAGCCCAUAGUGACACUGGUAGACACAAUUAGGAGACAACUUAUGGUAAGAUAUGUGGCCAGACUUGACUACAGUAGCAAGUUUAAGGGUAAGUUGUGUCCAAGUAUUGCUAAGAAUGUUGAAAGGAAAAAGGUUAAUGCAAGAGGACUGCAGGUUAUAUACUCAGGGGGAUCAGUGUUUGAAGUGACAAGUGCAGACAAGGUAUAUGUGGUUGACAUUGGGGAGCACAGUUGUACUUGUAGGAGAUGGGAUCUAAAUGGAAUUCCUUGCACUCAUGGAUGUACAGCUAUCAUAUCUCACAAGGCCCAACCUGAGGAUUAUGUAAAUGAUUGUUACUCAACUAAGACAUUUAUGAGGACUUAUAGUCAGAGGAUCUAUCCAAUACCAGAUAAAAGCUUGUGGCCAACCACUGAAUGUGAUCCCAUAAUGCCUCCACCUAUAAGAACACCAAUUGGGAGGCCAAAGAAGGCAAGGAGAAAAGGAGUGGUUGAGCCCCAAAAUCCUUACAAGGUUAGAAAGCAUCAUAUUACUCUCAUGUGCAGACAAUGUGGGACAUUUGGCCAUAAUAGAAGGACUUGAAAACACCAACAG